UUUUUAUUUAAGUAUCAGUCUUGUUUGUUGUGAACGUUAUCGGUGUCUGUUGUGUGUAAAAAAGGUUUUGCAAAUAAUCGAAUAAAUUUUCCAAUUUUUCAAAUCGAGUUUAACGUAACAAACUUAGUUAUUAUUCUGGAGUUUUUCGGAAAACAUGAGAAAAUAAUCAGUUAUUGGUUUUCCUUGUGUAAGCGGCAACAACAAAGUCUGUUACAAAGUGGUUGUAUGGCUUGUUUUGUUCAAAAUAACUCAUCAAAACAGUCUUUGAGCGGUCUGGCUCCCCGACAUCGCUUAUUACAGCAUUUAUCUCGUACCUAACGAAGACCUACUUAGCAUACAUUAGGGUCGCGUUCUCGCGUCGUUUCCGCAUAUUUACGAACAGCUCCGUUCCAGUUCCAAUUGUGAUUUUCGAUAUCGAUCAUCGAGGACAAAGUCGGCGAUUUUGUGCUCCAACGCCGGUGUGAACCGUUCUUUGGGCUUUGCCGUUGGCGGGGAUGGAGGGAGCAAAGGGUGGUUGAAGCCCCGCCAGUCCCAGGGGAUGCCACUAGUCUGUAAUUAAACUCCCAGCUACUGGCAGAGCUGACUGCUCUAGCCCGCUGGCUUGCUUCCCCUCCGUAUCUCUUCGCAACUUCACGAACAAGGAUAAUGUUAUACAACCUAUAGCGAAAUUGAUCGCGGGAUUCUGGCUGUUGUAUGUGUUGCAUAGACUUUAAGCGGAUCGGAUUAUGGAUUUGAGCGGAUUUUUCCUCUUCCAUACGCUGUGUAUACCUACUUAAUUAACGAAAUGGCUUAUACGGCUGCCACACGACCAAAGCCAAACCUCGGCUUCUCAGCCCUUAAUCCCACGUCAACAAUACCACCCAAACAAUUUGCAAAUUUCUUCAUCAUUGAUCCAUUGAUACAGAAACUGAAGUUGAACAUUUGCCAAAUCGGGGGCAAAAUGGCCUCUCGUUCGUGCAUUUAUUCGAUCGUGCGGACAUAUCACGGACUGACAGUGUGUUUAGGAACACAAUGCGUGACACGAGAUACGGUCAGAACCGUGACCAGAAUCAAGUACAAUAGUUUCAUCGAUCUAUGGACUAUUCGGACGGAAACCACGAUUGAAAAUGCACUAAUACGCCUAAAUUAACUCUAGUGCUUUACGGCUUUAGCUUUCGAACAAUUUCACUAAAAGAGCUAAUUCGAUUUUUGUUUUAUUUAUUUGCUUCCUGUCGUAUUCAAAGUGACUCGUUUUUUACCACUUUUCAAUCACUAAACAAAGAGAAUUAUUUAUGCUAAUUUUAUUUAAUAUUUAAUCGAUAAAUGCAUUGCGUCCGCAACCUUAUCAUAUUUACCCUCCGACAAAUAUUUACCAAAAAUUUUGCCUGUUUGGACGCUGUCAUCCCCCGAAGCAAAAUUAGAAGAAAUGGACAAAGACUGAUACGCGGUGUAAAAUUGGUUCGACUAUUUGUGAACUAAAUAAAUGGUUGAGUCAGUUUUGCACCGUAUAUCAGUUAAUGACAUCGAUCGCAUUUUUUCUGGACAAUUGAUGUGGCUCAUCUCUGGGGUGUUGAGCUUUGUCCAAAAGCGCCUGAUGUGAACUUUUUUUCAGGCUUGUUCUUCAAUUUUGUGUCUUGUUUAAAGGUCGUGGUUUUGGCAUUUUGCUGUUGAAAUCAGUAUAUCAGACUACGGUCUUUGGAUGAGGCUCAUUUUUCAACGAAUUUCAAAUACCAUUUUUUUUUAUUUUACUUCGUUUGUAUUUUUUAUUUUUUAGAGCUGUCUCCUUGCAAGAUCUUGGGACUUCAGACCUUGACUGAUGCUUAUUUUGACGUUUAGAAGGUUAAAAGAAGCGGACUGUCCCAUGGUUUACACUCAACGACGACUAUUUUUUGGAAUUAUAUGAGGAACCCAUAGCCAGUUUGUGUCGAUGUGGUGCAAUGUGCAGUAACGAGACUCCGGCCAACACCUCACCGAGGCUGCCGAUGCCCUUCGCGCUCGAAGGUGGCCCCCGGGCCCUGCUGCCCAUCGACCAGUACCGGCUCCAGCUCUACCAGUAUGCCGUCGCAGAAAGGCUUCGCUACCCUCUGCUGAACCCUUUUCCGACGCCGCUCACCUGCUACCCGCUCUUCCCCAGGGCGCUACAGCCGGAGGAGCCCAAGCCCCAGCACAGCUACAUCGGCCUCAUCGCCAUGGCUAUUCUAAGCUCUCCCGAAGGAAAACUGGUCCUUUCGGACAUCUAUCAGCACAUCCUCGACCACUAUCCUUACUUCAGGACCCGGGGACCGGGUUGGAGAAACUCCAUCAGGCAUAAUUUGUCUCUCAAUGAUUGUUUCAUCAAGGCGGGAAGAAGCGCCAACGGAAAGGGACAUUACUGGGCAAUUCAUCCCGCAAAUGUGGACGACUUUAGAAAAGGGGACUUCAGGAGGAGGAAGGCACAAAGAAAGGUGAGGAAGCACAUGGGGCUUGCCGUCGAUGAAGAUGGGGCUGAUUCGCCAAGUCCGCCGCCCUUGUCUGUGAGUCCGCCUGUCGUGCCAGGGCCUUCCACGUCCGUUUAUCACACAGUGCCGGCUCGAGGUCCGUCUCGCAAGCGGCAGUUCGACGUGGCGUCGCUUUUGGCGCCGGAUUCCGGUGAAGACACCAACGAAGAGGACAUCGACGUCGUCUCCAGUGACCAACACCAAGAGACUUCACCCAAACAGUGGCCUAAUAUGUUUCCCAUCGUUAAUUAUUACCAAGCAUUGUUACAAGCGAGGCCAGGAACGACUGCAGAAACUGCCACCGACACCACAGACUCUUAAAGUGAUUUUUAGUGAAUUGUGUUUUCAAAUCUACUUGAAGACUGUCCGUUAUUUACAAUUUUAUUUAUACGAAUAGUCACUGUUCAUAUUAGAUAUAUUUAUUGUUCUGUUACAAACAAUUUCAAUCAACGUUUUAAUAUUUUCUUAACAAUACCGGAAUUUGUAUAUAAAAUUAAAUGUGUAUGAGAACUGUAUCUAUAUUAUAUGUAAAUAUACCUACUACUUAUAUCCA